AUGCAGCAAUGCUUCGGAUACAUUCAGUGCCUCGUUGACGCUGAUGCUGGAACACUCGAGAGCGCCAAUGCUGUUAUCAAUGAAUCCGGCUUUUACGGAACAUUCGUAGUGGUCCCAGUCGUCGGUGGGGACAUGAUCGUUGAGCGGCCUAUCCAGACCAUCAACCGUGGUAGGCUCAAUGGGAACGCAUUCCUUGCAGUUACGAAUGCCUUCGAAGGCACUGUAUUCGUUAAUGCGAACUUUUCCGCACAAAUGACGGCCACGGAUUACGUUACGCAGCUCUUCCCUCUGUUCAAUCAAGCGCAGAUUGAGGAAACAGUGCAGCAGUAUACGAAUAUCGGACUGAACACCGUCAACGAUCAAGCAAUUGCGAUUAUGGGAGAAUCUAUCUUCAUUUGUCCGACGUAUCGCCUACUUUCGGCAUUCCCUGGGCGGUCUCAUAAGGGCUUAUUUGCUGUGCCACCGGGCGAGCACGGCAACGAUGUUCUCUACUACUUCCCAGGAACCACCGGCCCGUCAUUCAAAAAUCCUCAGUUCUCUGCUUCUUUUUCAGGCUCGUUCCUCGGAUUCGUCAAAUUUGGGGAUCCUAAUAUACACCCUGUUAAUAAUGAUAUCACUCCGGCCUGGAAAACGUUUAGUCAAGGAAACACGGAAAUGCUCUUCAAUAGGACUGAAGAUUUCCAGCCGGAUAUUCGGCCCUUCACGACUGAUCCGGCAUUGUUGGAGCGAUGCGAAUUCUGGAAGAGUGUUGCGCCCUCGGUUCUACAGUGA